AGUAUGCAACUUGGAAGAGAGCCUUCACUAGAAGCCAACCAAUCUGGAACCCGGAUUUUGGACGUCCAGCCUUCAGAACGCAUGCACACCACAGAACAUAAUCUUGAACAUUCGGAGGAUAAAAGCAUCCGAUCAUCUGUAAUUGCUCAGAUUCUCAAAGAUGGUAACACUAAUGAACAUGAAGAAGAUAUUCAGGAAACUUUCUUCCCAAAAGAAGAGGAAACAAAACCAGAGAUGGAAAAGAGUUUUUGUCCUCCACAAGGAAUGUUGAAUAAAAUUAUUACAAAUGGUAUGUGAAAUAAGAAAUGUAAGUAGAGAGAAAAUGAGAAAUUUAUUUGAUAAAUAUUAAA